CAAAAGAAUCUUGUCUGAACACGUCAAUGGUUUACUGUGUGCGCCAUCUAUAGAUAUGAUCGAAGAAUAUGGACAUUCUAUACUCUUUGCUAGGAUUAACUCAACUGGAAUGGCUCAAGUAUCAUUCUAAGGAUCACGUAAUCAUAUCAACGAACAGUGAGUUCGGGAGAUAUGCCUGUCAGGCACUCUGUGGGUCAUGUUUGUCACUUCUGCUGGGUUUUGGUGUGCUCAAUACAUUUAGCGUAUUCCAGGAUCAUAUUGACACCGAAUUUGAGAAUUCAUCGUCAACAAUUACUUGGUUGUUUUCAUUCGCAGCCGCAUUUUGGCAAGUUACAGGGUUUGCUUGCGGCUGGAUCAGUUGUAGCCUAGGACAUCGGAACGCAGCAUUUAUUGGGGGUACAGCAUUGGUCUGUGGUCAAAUGUGGUCAUAUUUUGCUAAUGAUAUUUAUCAGUAUUUUCUGAGUAUAGGAAUUUUAACUAGAUUAACUGGAAUGGCUCAAGUAUCAUUCUGAGGAGAGUACCGACUGUUAAGCCUUUCAAAACGAGGCCGUUGGGAGUAUUCUGGAAAGACAGAAAGACAAACACCUGGGUCCUGGACAAGACCGGUUUAGACUUCAGAAAGUUCAUUAUUUAGAAAAAAAAAAACAUUGUAAGAAAGAACAAUGAGAUUGAAAAGCAAAUUCUUGAGGAAGCCAUGUAAGACCAUCGUGGAAGGGAAGGGGACGUCAAUCAACAUCUUGGACAGAUGAUGUAAAGAAAGUUACAACACACGGAAUGUAUGGUGCAGCUCGUUUGGCACCAGACAGAAGAAGAUGGCGUGCUACUUGUGGAGGCCACAGCAGCGCAACUUGGCGCCACCUGACCCAGAGAAAGAGAGACAGACAUAAUUUAUAUCCGGGGCAUUAUCCUCACCAUUAUCAUCAUCAUUAUUUUAAUUAUCAUCAACUAUUGUUUUCAAUUAAGCUCUCUCCACAAUUCACUUUUCCCUUUUCAUACUUUUUUUUUAGAUCGCGUAAUCAUGCCAACUAACAGUGAGUUCAGAAGAUAUUCCUGUCAGGCGCUCUGUGGAUCAUGUUUGUCACUUCUGUUGGGUUUUGGUGUACUCAAUACGUUUAGCGUAUUCCAAGAUCAUAUUGGCACCGAAUUUGAGAGUUCAUCGUCCACAAUUACUUGGUUGUUUGCAUUCGCAGCCGCAUUUUGGCAAAUUGCAGGUAGCAGAUAUGUAUACAUUUUACUAGGGAAAAAAAGAAGUUAUAUAAACUUAUUGCAUUACAAAAAAAUUAAAAAAAUGUUCCCUGUUUUCAGUAUUUUGAAAUUGGUCUAAAUUCAUUGGUAACAAUAAUAAUUAUAAUGAAGUGUCAGUAAUCGAUAUAUACAACUUAGGCCUAUAUCGCAUAAAAUACGGAAGCCUCGUAUAUUUAUAUCCUACAGUAUGCAAUUUGCAAUUGCGCAUCAAAAAAUUAAACUCAUCGAGGUUGUAGUGUCUUAAAAAAAUGCACCUACCAAACCAAAUUUGCCACUUAAACCAGCACUGUUUAACCAAUCAUGUUCUGGGUUUGAAUCUUGGCAGGCAAAGGGAAAUUGCAGAUUCACCUUUAUAACAUAAGUACACUUAUUGUAGGCCUACACUACUUGACAGUUUAGAGCGUGUCUCUGUUUUGUAUCAUCAUGUAUAUU